CCCUUCAACUUACCGGAUGUUUACAAAUGUUUAAGGUCACCCUUGUACAUGUUAGCUUAAUUUGUUAAUAUGGCAUCAAAAAAUACGCUACAACUUAUAAGAACAAUUGUGGAACAUUCGACAAAAGGAGCACUUGGCUUUGAAAACAUUUUGAAUAAGGUGAAAGUAACAAGCGGUGGGGGAGGGGCGUGCACGUGUGAAAUGCGGGUGGCAGAAGAACAUCAGAAUAGGGCUGGUACCUUGCAUGGCGGUAUGACCUGUACUCUGGUUGAUGCUGUAUCAACAUGGGCGCUCCUAGGGACAGAUGAGCCGGUAGCCGGUGUUAGUGUAGACUUAAGUGUGUCGUUUAUGAGAGGAGCUAAAGUGGGAGACGAUAUCAUUAUUGACGCAAAGAUGUUGAAAAGAGGCAAAAGAUUAGCAUUUUUGACCGUAGAUAUAACAAAUAAGUUAGACGGAAAUCUUUUAGCGCAAGGAAAACAUACAAAAUAUAUUGGGUGAUCAGUAAAUAGUCAUGUAAGCGGGUGUUACAUUAAGAAUCAAAGUUUCUGAACUUUGUUGCUUAAAAACCUGGAUUUUGUUUUAAUGCGUUGCUUUAAAUGUUAUUUAAUAACAUGACGCAAAUCUGCAUUCACAUGUGUGAACAAAUGCACUCAAAGGAAAGACAUAUCAUGGUAUUUAUAAACUAGUGGUCGUUUUUUGGAAGUUAGUUUUUUCCGUUAUAUCAAUGUAGGGCUAUCAAAUAGUGGCUUUUAUUUGCACGUUUAUCUUUAUUCAACGGUGACCUUUCACACAGGUUUAAUUGUAUGACAUUUUAUAAAUGAAUCACCAUACAAAGAACAAAUAUACUAACAUUGACACGAUAAAUAGAAAUUAAUAAUGGUGUACAUUGUCAAAACUUAUUUGAAAUUGAUUAAUUUCGUGUUACGUUGUCAAAUAAUAGAAAUAUCUCUUUUUUUAAGUACGCGGAAACAAGAUGUUAAUAUCUAAGCCGAUCCUAAUGGCAAAGUGUACACAUAUUAUAAUAAACAUUUGUCCUUAAAAAAUAGGAAUAUUUUAUGUUAAAUUCAUGGCAAUGCAUUAUACAUGUACAUUUAUAGGUACUCAGGGUGGGUGAUCAAGUGACAUUUGUUUACGGUAACAUUGGGCCCAUGACUUAAAGCUACAUGCCUCCAGAUGAGUCAAAACAUUUCAAUAAAAUCAAACUUGAGAAAAAUGUUCUAAGAUGUAAGAAAAAGUAAAAAAAAAAGAUUAAAGUAAUAUUUUACAUAUUUUGUGCGAUUAAUGACUGAUUUUUUCAGUAUUUACAACUAUAUUUCUACUGCGUUACUAACGCAGUUAAGGGUUUUAGGCAUAUUUUGAUCACUUUUUGGCAAUUUACGUGGUUGGUAAGUGCCAUUGAUAAUGUGUAAAUUACUUCCUUCUGGUUACUUCACAAUAUUACACAUUCAAUUACGUUUUUCAAAAUUUUCAUGAAAAUUAGCAUGAAUCUGGAGGCGUGCUGCUUUAAACUUUGUUUU